AUGCAGUACAGAUCCAAUCCAUUUGGCAUCGUGUGUUUUUCGGUGCUCGAGGGAAGACAAAGAGCAUUAAUAUACCGACACCAGGACGCCUCAAAGUCUUUUAUAAUCGGGCCAGAUAAUCGCCUACCUGUAUAUCCCCUCAUAAAGCCUACAAUUAAUCACCGUCAACCAACCCAGACCGACUCCUCAUCAUGGCCACCGCAGACGCUCCUCCACCCGGACACCGUCUCCCUCGGCCGCCUCACCACCAACGCCAACCGGCCGCCACCACCAACGACCUCUCCAACUCCUCCACCUGGUUCCGCGACGCCUGCCGCAACCCCGCCACGCGCCUCUGGCUGCAAGAGACGAUCGAGCAGGAAGGUGCAGAACAUGGCUCUGGAGGAGGGGAAUCGGUGGAAGACGGUGUGGGACUGGAGGGGCGCAAAGAGGUUUGAGAGCGAUGAGGAUGAUGUGUUUGAGGCGGAGUUGACGGAUUUUAGUGAUUUUGAGGAUGAUGGGGAGGGGAUGGAGGUGGGGGGCGGGACGGAUGGGCGGGGGGGUCGACAACUUAUGGGUCGAUAA